AUGCUGGAUCCGAUCGGAUCUUACCGGAUCCGACCAUCCGACAAAAUUCGAUCGGAUUCCUGGAAACGGAAUUGCAUUGGAAUCCGACUAGAAAAAUCCCAGAAUCCAGGAAAUCCAUGUUUCGGAUCCGACGAGAUCCGACGUGGGAUCCGAUCGGAUCCGAGACCGUCGGAAUCCAAUGCGAUUCCGUCACCAGGAUUUCAUCGGACCCGUCGAAUUCCUGUAGGAUCCGAUAAAAUUCAGUAUUGGAUCCGAUGGGAUUCGAUGGGAUCCGGUGGGAUCCGAGUAUGGGAUUGUUCGACCUGGAUCUCACCUGAAUUAAUUGCACGUAUCGAAUCAAUCAUCAAAAAACCAGUUCAUUAUUUCAUUCGACGAGGCAUCUUCUUCUCACACAGAGAUCUCGAGUUGAUUCUCAAUGCUUAUGAACAGAAGAAACCAUUCUUCUUAUACACUGGUCGUGGUCCAUCAUCCGAAGCCAUGCAUCUUGGUCAUUUAAUUCCAUUCAUCAUGACCAAAUGGUUACAAGAUGUGUUUGAUGUUCCAUUAGUCAUUCAAAUGACUGACGAUGAAAAGUUUCUCUGGAAAGACAUAACAAUUGAGGAUGCCAAUCGAUAUGCAUACGAGAAUGCAAAAGAUAUCAUUGCAUGUGGUUUUGAUCCCACAAAGACAUUUAUUUUCUCCGAUUUCGAUUUUAUGGCGCAAUGUCCAAACUUCUAUCGUAACAUUUGUCGAAUUCAAAAGAGUGUCACAUUCAAUCAAGUGAAAGGCAUCUUUGGUUUUACUGAAAGUGAUUGCAUUGGAAAGAUUGCUUUUCCUGCAAUUCAAGCUGCGCCCAGUGUUAUUUCAUCAUUUCCAUUUAUAUUCGGUAAAAAAUUGAAACAAGAAUUUGCCUGUCUGAUUCCAUGCGCUAUUGAUCAAGAUCCGUAUUUUCGUAUGACUCGUGAUGUUGCACCACGUUUGAACUUUCCCAAACUAGCGUUGAUGCAUUCAACAUUUUUUCCAGCACUUCAGGGUGCCAAAUCGAAAAUGGCUAUGUCAAAAGAAUCGCGGUCAUUGAUUCAUUGUGAAAAUAUAUAUAUGUGUUUUCCUUGUUUUCUCAGACGGCAAUCAUACAAAAAGAACCUCAAUAUGGUUGAUGUUUUGUAUUCACUAUUAGGCGUUUGCAAACGGUUUGAUCAAUUAAUACUUGAUUCACUUUAUAUCCAUCAUCUUGAUAUGACCUGUAUGAUUACGAAAUCUUUCUAUAAUCGUCUCUACUCGAUAAAUGAUCAAUUAAUGUCAACAAUUUCGGAAAAUAUUUUGCCUCGAAUUUAUCAUAAAGUACAUAAAAUUAUUGUGGAACAACCUACAAUGAAACAUGUACUUCACACCGUCAAUUAUCCCCAACUUCACUCGUUAUCACUGAUAGAUUUUCAACAGGAGGUUCUUCUCGAACGUCUACUAAGCGAUAUAAUUCUCCACAAACUUCUUAAAAACCAAGUUACGUGUCUUUCAAUUGAUACCAGGCAUGAAAAACUAUCACCACGGCGUCCUGAAAUUCUCUCAAUUCUAUUUACUGUUCUUUUAACUUUAUGUAAAUCCCUUAUUACAUUAGAAUUUUGUCAAUUCGAUUAUCGAGCAGUGAAUUGUACUUUUGAUUUAUCGAUCAAUUUCAAGUCUUCCACUUUAACUACUUUAAAAAUUGGCGUGAAAGAAUUUGAAGAUUGUCUUUAUCUACUUGAUAGACGUCUGGAUUGUCUAUCAACCUUGAUUAUACAUAUAGAAAAAAUUACAAGUAGAUUAGAAUCUGUAGACAGUACGAAAAAGCUUCUCAAAUUAAAACAUUUUUCUUUGAUAUCAUAUCGACGUACGAUUCUUUAUGACAAACUAAUUGUUCCAUUACUUCAACGAAUGAUAAAUCUUGAAGAAUUAAUCUUAUUUCUAUCAAUUAUAAGAACAAACACAAAUUACAUUUAUGGUGCUGAAUUACAUGACAAUGUCCUUAAUGAUAUGUCACAAUUAAAGAAGUUUACUUUUAAUAUAGAUACGAGCAUAAUUAAGAACGUCAAUAUUGAUUUGUCAUCGUGUGAAGAUAUUCAACUUAGUUUUACUGGAAGAGGUUUUGGGCCAGUUGCUUCAUGUGUUGAAGUUUUUUCAAACGAAAUUGAAAUGACGACAGAUUUAAAUCCAUUUGAAUAUAAGUUCUUUCAAAUUAUUUCUCAUAGUUUUCCUUAUUUGAAAAGUUUAUAUAUAACGAAUGAUCAACCGCAAAAAGACAAACAACAAUCGAAAACAUCAAUUACAUUUCCUUGUCUUAUUUUGCUCAAUCUUGAUUGUGCUCAUGUAGAUUAUGCUAAACAAUUUCUCGUUGAUGAAUAUAUUCAUCUACCUUGUUUACUCAAUCUUUCUAUUGGAUAUGGAUCACUUACACUGGUUACAAAUGAUUUUACUAAUGAUUCGACGCGUUUCAUCUGUAAUAAACUGACCUCACUUCAAAUAAAUGAGCCAUUUGUUCCUCCGAAACAUUUUUAUGAAUACUUUCCUCUAUUAUAA